CCCGGUCUCCCUCCCCCGGCAGCUGCCAUGGCGGAGGCGGCCGGUGACGCGGGGCUGGGUCCGGGUCCGGGUCCAGCCCCAGCCCAGGAGGGCGCGGAGCUCGCGGCCGUUAUCGGCGCGACCGUGCCCACAGGGUUCGAGCAGACGGCGGCCGAGGAGGUGCAGGAGAAGCUGGGCUCGGCCUCCAGGAUCAGCAGGGACCGGGGCAAGAUCUACUUCGCGGUGCCGGCCCGGAGCCUGCCGCAGGUCCACCGUCUGCGGUCAGUGGAUAAUUUAUUUGUUGUUGUUGAAGAGUUCAAAGACUAUCAAUUUAAAGAAAAUAAGGAAGAUGCUUUAAAGGAUUUGGAAGAUUUGGUUAAAAAGCUGCCCUGGACCGAUCCGUUGAAAGUUUGGGAGCUGAACAACAGCUUAAAAAAGAAAAAGACAAAACGCAAAAAACACAAUUUGCAGAGUCCUGCAGCCAAGGAGAAGCUGAAUGAUGGUGGAGAAGAGGGAGGAGUAGACCAAAAAGACACUAAUGACCAGGAGGACUGUGCCCAAAACAUUGCAGGUGUGGCUAGCAGCCAGGAUACAGAGAAGCCCCAGGGGGUGGCAUCCCAAAAUGGGGGGGAGGAGGAAGAGGAGGAUAACGAGCAAUUGGAUGCGAGGGAUGAAGCGCAGGCGAGUUCUGGGAGCGGGCCCAAGGCUGGUGAUGGUCAGACAGCUGAAGGAGAGGCGAAGGUGCUCAAGUUCCGAGUGACGUGCAACAGAGCUGGAGACAAGCACAGCUUCACAUCCAACGAGGCUGCCAGAGACUUCGGUGGAGCCGUGCAGGAGCACUUCCAGUGGAAAGCUGACAUGACGAACUUUGAUGUGGAGGUUCUUCUGAAUAUUCACAACAAUGAAGUGGUGGUGGGGAUUGCAUUAACUGAAGAGAGUCUCCACAGACGGAAUAUCACACACUUCGGACCCACCACGCUGCGUUCCACUCUGGCUUACGGCAUGCUCAGACUCUGUGAUCCCCAGCCCACGGAUAUCAUAGUUGAUCCCAUGUGUGGUACAGGUGCGAUACCAAUAGAGGGAGCUGCGGAAUGGCCCGGCUGCUACCACAUUGCAGGGGAUAACAACCCUCAGGCUGUGAAGAGAGCAGCAAACAACAUCUGCUCCUUACUGAGGAAAAAUGAGAGUAAGGACAGCAGCACCUCCCUGGGCAUUCCCUUGGACAUCAUCCAGUGGGACAUCUGCAACCUGCCUCUCCGGACCGGCUCUGUGGACAUCGUAGUGUCAGACAUGCCCUUUGGGAAGAGGAUAGGGUCGAAGAAGAAGAACUGGGACCUCUACCCGGCCUGCCUGAUGGAGAUGGGCCGGAUCUGCACCCCGGGGACAGGCAGGGCUGUGCUGCUUACCCAGGACAAGAAAUGCUUUGCCAAGGCCUUGUCACGGGUGGGACACAUCUGGCGCAGAGCUCAGACCGUGUGGGUGAACGUGGGGGGCCUCCACGCUGCAGUGUAUCUGCUGCGGCGCACCUGGGAGAGAGCAGAGGAGAGAAGGUCCUUCUGGUGAACUGCGUGGAAGAAGACACACCUCCAGAAUUUGCUGAAUGGCCGUUUGGUGAAGCAGACACCACAGGGCUUGGGUCUGUCAGUUCCAAACCCAAACAACCUAAGCAGAAAUUGUGUCACACAAAUAUUAAACCAGGGAUCAACUUGA